AUGACCUGCACACGCAAGAAUCGUAAGAGGGCGGGGCAUGUUUCCCCCGUGGUACCUCCGACUGUCAAGUCAGCCGGUGAGCUUGAGUGGGGUUUUUGGGAGAGUCCCAGGGCCAUUGAGCUUCGGGACCGGCCCGGCGAUGAUGCUGUUUGUGUGGCGUGUGGGAGAGCGGGGUCCAAGAAGUGCUCGAGGUGCAAGAGCGUUCGGUACUGUUCGCAAGCUUGUCAAUCAAAGCAUUGGGAAGCAGAGCACAAAUUAAGAUGCAAGCUCGUGAAAUCUUUAGAUAAGGUGGACAGUGGUCCCUCUGGGGGUGAUGGAUACAGAAGAAGGAAAUCUUCUAUCACAUUGGUUCCUGCCCGAGGAACCUAUAAGAUCUUGCAUGAACCGAAAAAGAUUCUUUUUCCCUAUGAUGAAUUUAUAAAGCUUUUCAAUUGGGAUAAGCCAGGAUUUCCACCUUGUGGUCUUUUAAAUUGUGGGAACAGUUGCUUUGCCAAUGUUGUGUUACAAUGUUUAGCUUGCACUCGUCCCUUAGUUGCCUACUUGUUGGAGAAAGAUCACAGGAGAGAGUGCAUUAAGAAGCAAGAAGAUUGGUGCUUCUUAUGUGAGCUUCAAGCCCACAUCCAAAGAGCUAGUCAAAGCCGGCAACCCUUUUCACCGAUUAAUAUCUUAUCUCGGAUACCCAACAUUGGCGGCAACCUUGGUUAUGGAAGCCAAGAGGAUGCUCAUGAACUCAUGAGGUUUGCUAUUGAUACAAUGCAGUCAGUUUGUCUUGAAGAGCAUGGAGGUGAAAAGGGUCUAGAUCCUAGCACCCAAGAAACGACUCUGAUUCAACAUAUAUUUGGUGGCCAUUUGCAAUCUCAGGUGAAAUGUACAAUAUGCAAUAUGAUUUCAAAUCGUUAUGAGAAUAUGAUGGAUUUGACGGUUGAAAUUCAUGGUGAUGCUGAAUCCUUGGAGGAGUGUCUGGAGCAGUUCACUGUAAAGGAGUGGCUUGAUGGGGAUAAUAAGUAUAAAUGUGAUGGAUGCAAUGGUUAUGUCAAAGCAUGGAAACGGCUUACAGUUCAUCAGGCUCCCAACAUACUUACUAUUGCUCUGAAGAGGUUCCAGAGCGGUAGGUUUGGCAAAUUGAAUAAAAGAGUAACUUUUCCCGAAGAGCUGGAUCUUUCUCCAUACAUGAGUGAGGAUGGAGAUGGUACCGAUAAAUAUUCACUGUAUGCCGUAGUUGUUCAUGUUGACAUGUUGAAUGCUUCCUUUUUUGGCCAUUAUAUUUGCUAUACCAAAGAUUAUUAUGGGUGCUGGUAUAGGAUUGACGACUGCAAGGUCACUGUUGUUGAUGUGGAGGAGGUACUUUCACAGGGAGCUUAUAUGCUCUUGUAUAGCAGGAGGACUGCACGUCGGGAGCCUUUUGUUAAGCCCAUAGAAUCUGCAAGAAAGAAACACUUGGCCUUAAGGGAAAUUGACUUAUCAAAUGUCCCUAACGGACAUGAUGUGUCUAGUGAUACUACGAGCUUCCCUUCGAGUACUGGUUCAGAAUCUAAUAGUGACCUCCAGAGCCUUUCCUCUAAUACCAGUUCAGAGUCAAGUAUUUCCUUGCUGAGGGAUACAGGCCAUGACAGAUUGGCAGAUAUCAAAACUGAUUCCAUGAUCGGAAAAGAGGAUUUGGAGCUGCAACUGCCAGUGGAGGUAACCCUGAUGCUUGCACAAAAAGAUUCAGGUGAUAUGGUUAUGAAUGAUUCUGCAUCAGGACCAGAGGUUUAUGAAGAAGGGAGUUUGAGUCAGCCUUCUCAUAUUCAAGAAGAUUCUACGUCUCCUGCUGUUGAACAUCGAUAUAUGGAAUCUGACAAACCCAAAAGUUCCGAAGGAGAUAGUUGGAGUCAGCGUUCUCAUAUUCAUGGAGAUGUUGAUGUCCCCCAAAACAAUACCAAUUUUUGCUCUCCAGCAGCACAAUCCUCUGAUGAUGUACAAGAUAUGGAAUGUGAUGAACCUCCCGGUGUCUCUAAUUCCAAUUCCCAUGCGGAAGAUAAUGGGUCGGUUUGUAGUACUGGAGAAGUGCCCCAUUUAUCUGGACAUGCACCAGAACCAAACAUGGUAAAGCAUUGCCCAUCAGGCAUAACUGAUGGAGUUGAGAAGUUGGCUAAUAUUUCAACCGAAAAUGGGGCUAAAGCUUCCACCGUGGUCUUGGUGAAUGGUUCCAGAGGUAAGCCAAAACCGUUGUUUUCUCGUGGAUUCCUUGACAAACCUACCGGAGAGAAGUCUGUGACCCAUAUCAAGAGAACCCAAACCGGAAAGUCAAAAGUUCCACCUUCCAAUAUUGCCAAUGGCUAUGCAAAUGGGAAGUCGGAGCUUACUAAUGGUACUUAUGCUGCCACUGUUUCCGCUAAAGUUGCUUUGAAAUCAGAAGCAACCUGCUCAAAUGACACUUCAGUCGUCGCCAAUACAGUUCGCAGCAAGGAGAAUGGAUCCAAUGUUUCCAAGGAGGAGGCAGCAUCAAGUUCGGGGAAUAAGAACACAGUAAACCAUCAAGAGUAAUAAAUGGUACGUGUUCUGAAAAUGAACAUACACGGAUUGUGGAGUUAUAACGGGUCUGCUACAAAUUAUGUGGAAGGCAAAUGCGGCAAUUGUGAGUAGGAGUUCAUUUGUGGGCGCAUUAGUUGAUUGCGAUUAUAUUUAUGGUAUGCGAGAGGAUCUGGGUCUCUAAAAAUUUUCUGCAGAAACUCAGAUGGGAAGCAUAUUACCCCCAAUUAUUUAUGUCUUGCUGGUGUCUGUCUGUAUUUAUCAUUUAUGGAAGUCUUGUAAUUUGAAGACUAACAAUAAUGUCACCAGUGUUUGGAUCACAGGACGAACUAUCCUAGUAUUCUUUGAUCUAUAUAGGUAAAUCUAGGAACUUGUUCAUCAUAGCCAUUUAUACUGUGUGUUUCGAGCUAUUGAUGUCUAAUAAACUUUGGCUGAUCAAUUAGCUUUGAUCAUUCAUGAA